AAGAAGAGCGGCCCCCGAGCAAAGCAAAAGCAAACCCCGUCGCCUUCAAGAGCUUGCACACACAGAGACCCACGCCGCGGGGCUCUCACGGCCAGGUCUGGAAGCGCGGCUGGCGCGGCGGUGCCGGAUCUCGGACUCCUCCGCCUCGGCCUCUCUGAAUCGGGCAGCAGUUUCCUUUUGCAUCUUGGUGAACGCUUUCUGUGACUGAGGUAGUGCACAAUGUCUGGGUUUGCAGCAAUUUUGCGUCGGUCAUGCCUAACAGCUGCUAGUGAGAAUCUGAUGGAAACAUGUGUUGGGCCGUGCAUGUAUUCUGGUAAUUCUUUGAGGUGGUUGAGCAGCUGUGCUAAGCAAUCGACAAAGCCAGGCACUUCCAUUCUUGGCCAGAUCAAGGCAGUGGAUAGUUUUGCUCCAGUCAAUGGCAUGUCAAGGGCCAGGAUGAUGCCCCUUUCUGCUCAUAUGGGAACUAAUUGGUUGAUUACUUCAAAGCCCAGGUUUAAUGUAUUGCCAGCACCGUUAGGUGUUUUAAGCAUCCGCCGUGCAUACUCCUCAGACACUGGGCAUCCAGAAGUUUCGCAAAAUAUCCCAAUUGUUCCUUCUACAGAAACCUCUGAUGUUGGCACUGCAGGUGAUAGUGGGACUACUUGGAUUGAUAUCUUGGAUAAUGCUCGCACGUCUACUAUUGAUGCCACGACUGAUGCAGGCAAGAAAGUUAAGGAGAUGACGGAUGCAAUUACACCCCAUGUACAACAGUUCUUUGCGGCAAAUCCUGAUCUAGAAAAGGUAGCUGUUCCACUUGGUGGGACAUUAUUUGGUACAGUGAUGGCAUGGUUUGUCAUGCCUAUCAUCUUAAGGAGGCUUCAUAAGUAUGGCUCUCAAAAUCCUAUAACAGCACUUUUGGGCAACUCAACCAAGACGGAUGCUUCAUAUCAAACUAGCAUUUGGAGUGCAGUUGAGGAUCCUGCAAAAUAUCUUAUCACAUUUAUGGCGUUUUCAGAGAUGGCUGCAGCUGUAGCACCAAGCAUAUCGCCUUAUUUUCCACAAGCAUUGAGGGGUGCAUUUGUCCUCUCUAUUGUCUGGUUCCUUCAUAGGUGGAAAGCAAACUUCAUCACUACAGCUAUGACCAGCCAAACUGCCUUAGUUACUGAUAAAGCUCGGUUAUCAGCAUUUAACAAGGUGUCGUCAUUGGGACUGAUUGCACUUGGAGUGAUGGGUCUUGCUGAGGCUUGUGGUGUAGCUGUUCAGUCUAUAUUAACUGUUGGUGGUGUGGGAGGUGUUGCUACCGCUUUUGCUGCUAGAGAUGUCCUUGGUAAUGUGCUGAAUGGGUUCUCUUUACAAUUUUCUAGGCCAUUCUCAGUGGGAGAAUACAUAAAGGCUGGAUCAAUAGAAGGCACGGUGGUUGAAAUAGGACUCACUUCUACUUCAUUGAUCAACCCAGAAAAGCUUCCUGUCACAGUACCCAACUCUCUGUUCUCCAGUCAGUGUCUCAACGAUAGGAUGGACUUCCUCUCGUUGGUAACUUGUUCUUAAGGGUGCAAACGGGAUCCCGCGAAAGUCCCGCUUCUAGUUCAAUUCUCAAAUCUCCUAUUGAAAUUCUGAACAAAAUUUUGAAUAGAAGAUUUGAAAAAUGAAGCGGGACUUUCGCGGGAUCCUGUUUGCAUCCCUACUUGUUCUGCAAUGUUUUGACACAUAUAUUUUGGUUAAGGCAAACUUAGCACAUUGUCUGUCUUAUACAUAUGAUCAUGGAACAAUCCUAUAUGCAAGAUUGCACUGCCCGGAAUAUGAAGAGCCCUUGAUUCUUUACUCAAUGCAAACAAUCACACCAUAAACAACAUACUAAAUGACUAGGAAAUGUGACAGAGAUAACGUGGGAUCCUCUAACACAUGUAUCUCAGGUAAUAGCAAUUUUAGUGACUGGCUAUACUUGAACAAAUUCACAUUACCAACACUGUAGAUUUCAUUUUUCACUGCUAAAGCUUGUGGGAGCUUAGGAUUUCGCCAGACCCCACAGCUUGUGGGAGUUUUCAGCACCGCAUACGCCGUUCUUUUGAACUUUGGGAUUCUUCCAAAAUGAACCUUUGUACUUUCAACCUCAUUCCACUUGGAGCGAAGAAAAAACUUUUGUAUUCAGGGUCUAACUCCUUCGGGACUUGGAAUUAUGCUCUUCCAUGGGAACUUUGUACGUUUUGGUUGAUUGUUAGUUAGUUAAAUUAUAACACAGGAUUUUGUUUUGUAUCUACUCCUUCGGAACUUGGACUGCUGCAGUGCUGAGGGAAGUUUUAAGUAGGGAAAAAAUGGCUUGAAAUGUUUUGGUUGAUUGUUGUUAGUAUAUCCUAGAAAUCUGACAAUAUGACAGUGCAUGUCAAGAAUAAUGCUGUGAAUUUUUUUCAGUGUUUUGUUUAUUUCUUACUGUUUGGAUAGGCUUAUCAGUAUCAAGGAGGGCUACCAUCUCUCUUGGUAUUGUUUGAACGAUUUGCAGGUGAUAGUAAACAAAUCACGAGGUCAACUGCGACUUAGUGUGACCAAAAUUCCUAUAAGAUUGGAGGAUAUUCAGAAGGUUCCUGCUAUAUCAGAGGAGAUAAAUGCUAUGUUAAGGUCCAAUCCAAAAGUUGUCUCUGAAACAGAUGCUCCUUACUGCCACCUCUCGAAAUUGGAAAGUUCAUAUGGAGAGCUCGUCAUAGGGUGCAUCCUCCAAAAAAUG